CACCAUCUUGACCCAAAGAUGAAAUCAAAUGUGUCAACAUUGGUUUACGAUGCCAUCGCGAGUGUGUGUGUGUGUGUGUGUGUGUGUGUGUGUGUGUGUGUGUGUGUGUGUGUGUGUUUGCGUGCGCGCGCGUGUCGUUAUCGGCGGUGCGUCACUUAUUAACUCAGCUGACACCGGCACCGAAACUCCCAAGUGUCAAAUUGCCGUGAUCAUUUAAAACAAUAUGUAAUGCAUUAAAUCAUCUCCAUUGUGAGGUCGUAAACAAAAGAAAAGCAAUAAUGAUGAGGAGGACUUUCCAGUUAGUAUCAAAGAAAAUAAUUUUUAUUUUUAUUUUUUUGUGGAAAUGAGUUGUUGCUUUUGUGAUUUGGUCUCCUGUUUCCACUCAGGUGGCACAUUUUUUUUUACAAUCAGAUAGAAGAAAAAAACAAGGCACUUUAUAUAGUUUGUAUUUUUUGAAAACUUGGAUUCAAUCACACUGAUUGAAUAUGGUUCAUUGAGCGAGCGAAUGUAUCAUCAAGAUAUUUUAUUGACCGACAUCAUUUGAGAUGUUUUGAGGCGUGCGUGCGUGCGUGCGAUAUGGGGCCGGGGGCUUUGCAAUAUUUACCUGCCGUGUGACGGCAAAAAAAAAAUUCCACGGCCAAGGUCUCAACUUCCCCACCACGCCUUCUUCCCUGUUUGCCUGUCGCAAUUAAUUAGCGAAUGGCUCCGCUCCUGCCCUCGACCCGUUUGCAAAGCAACGACGCUUUGUGCCCUGAUGCGUUUUCUUUUUUUUUUUUUGCGCCGGAACGAUCGAGCAAGAUGCGAGUGGUUGGAAAAAAGGAUUGGGACGACUCCAAUUACCUUGCGAGCCUCCUUUUUUUUUUUUUUUCCAUUGGCAAUAACGGAGCAAUACACAUUCAUCUCAGUUGAUGGUUUGAUGAAAAGCUGAACAGAAGCCAUUCCUCAAUGUGCAAUUGAAUCGACCUGGAAUUGUACGGACAGGCCUCAAAUCGUCUCUCGUAUUCGUCUGUCUUCAUUGCAGCUGGGAAAAAAAACUGCAGUGGUGUCAAAGUCGUUUCGGCGGCGGGCCGCAUCGUAGUCAUAGUUUCCUUCGGAGGGCCAUCCUGACUGUCGUUGUCUUCUAAGUCAAGUCAAGUCAAGUCAAGUUUAUUUGUAUAGCCCUAAAUCACAAGCAGUCUCAAAGGGCUUCACAUUGACAGAAAUUGACAAUUAUUCUCAAAGCAUCCCCUGAUCUUAAGCUUCUAAAUACAUACUAGCCUUCUGAUCAGAGACGAGUACAAACUAUUUCAAUAUUUGAAAAGAAUAAAUGGUCAUAACAACUUGCGAGCAAAGUCUCGAUUUUGAGAAAGUGAAGACAAUUUGUCAUUUUAGCCAUGACACAAAGUCAAUUUGUCUUGGCGGGCGUGCGGUCGGGGCACAUAGCAUGAUAUGGUGGGCCGUAUCUGCCCCCGGGGCCUCGAGUUGGACACCUAAAAAGCCAGAUGUUGGUUCUCAUUGUUCUGCUUUACACGUUUGAACUAGACCCGAUAAUUUGUUCUUCCUGCUUUAUCGCGAUGAUUAUUGUUCACCCUUUUCCCGUCCUCCCAGCACGCGUUGUUUUUUUUUUUUAAGGACAUAAAGCUUGAUGCUCGUGUGACCAUUGGACUCUGCAUGAGCUGAUAAACACCUGCUAUGUUUCGGGGUGUUGAGCGCUAGCAGAUACGCACGCGUGCCUGCCUGCCUGCCUGCCUGCGUCCGAGUGGGCGGAGAGUGCUGGUGAUAAAAAUCCACCACUUUGGCAAGCCGUCAUAUUUGGCCAGCGCUUCUCCCCCGUUCGAGCGUUGAUUUGCUUUACUAGCGUAGCUUCCUGCACGCCGCUUUUUGACCUUGACGGUGGGUGGGCUGGCGGGGCGGUGCGGGCCGGGGAUCGACAAUCAUGGAUCCGACCGUGGAAGUGGUGGCCCUGUUUCUGGGCUUUCUGAGCUGGGUGAUGGUCGGGGUGGCGCUGCCCAACCGCUACUGGAAGACGUCCACGGUGGACGGCAACGUCAUCACCACCUCCACCAUCUACGAGAACCUCUGGAUGUCCUGCGCCACCGACUCCACGGGCGUCCACAACUGCCGGGAAUUCCCGUCCCUGCUGGCGUUGAACGGUUACGUCCAGGCCUCCCGCGCCCUGAUGAUCACGUCGGUGGUGAUGGGCGCCUUCGGCCUGGCGGCGGCCCUGGUGGGCGUGCAGUGCUCCAAGGCGGCCGGCGACAACUACGUGCUCAAGGGUCGGAUCGCGGGCGCCGGCGGCGUGCUUUUCAUCCUGCAAGGUUUGUGCACAAUGGUGGCAGUGUCCUGGUACGCCUUCAACAUCACCCAGGAAUUCUUCGACCCAUUCUUUCCAGGUACAAGGUAUGAAAUCGGCGAGGGGCUGUACAUCGGGUGGUGCUCGGCCGUGCUCGCCAUCGCCGGGGGGGCGUGCUUAAUGUGCUCCUGUCGGAUGGGCUCGGAAGGAAAGUACCCUUUGCAACAUCAUCAAAGCAGGGGUACUGUUUAUUCUGGACCCGCCCGGACCAGAAGUGUGGCUGCCAGCACUUACGGCCGAAAUGCGUACGUUUAAAUGAAAUCUUUUGGUACUCAAUAAUAAUAAUAUGGUUGUCCUUGUUUAGUUGCCACAUUUUGUACCCGAUUGUUUGUUCAUGUCAAAUAUUCACAUGCAAUUACUCUGAUUUGAUUCUCGAUUUUUUGCACUUUUUCCAACAUAUUUUACAAUUAUGCGCAAUAAACGUGUACCGUACAUGAUGAA